GCGGGCGCGGGCGCGCGCGGCGGCGGCGCGUUCCGUUCCGGGCCGAGGCUCGCGGCGGAAAAGUUGCGGGGCAUAGAGGAGCGGCCCCGGGACGGGCAGCUAGCGCGACCCUGAGCCGGCGCCUGUGGUCCGGCCAUGGACGACCUCGACGCCCUGCUGGCGGACUUGGAGUCUACCACCUCCCACAUCUCUAAACGGCCUGUGUUCUUGUCGGAGGAGACCCCCUACUCAUACCCAACUGGAAACCACACAUACCAGGAGAUUGCUGUGCCACCCCCCGUCCCCCCACCCCCAUCCAGCGAGGCCCUCAAUGGCACAAUCCUUGACCCCUUAGACCAGUGGCAGCCCAGCGGCUCCCGAUUCAUCCACCAGCAGUCUCAGUCCUCAUCACCUGUGUACGGCUCCAGUGCCAAAACUUCCAGUGUCUCCAACCCUCAGGACGGCGUUGGCUCUCCGUGCUCCCGAGUGGGUGAGGAGGAGCACGUCUACAGCUUCCCCAACAAGCAGAAAUCAGCCGAGCCUUCACCCACCGUAAUGAGCACGUCCCUGGGCAGCAACCUUUCUGAACUCGACCGCCUGCUGCUGGAACUGAACGCUGUGCAGCAUAACCCACCGGGCUUCCCUGCAGAUGAGGCCAACUCAAGCCCCCCGCUUCCUGGGGCCCUGAGCCCCCACUAUGGUGUCCCAGAGACUAACAGCCCCUUGGGAGGCAAAACUGGGCCCCUGACGAAAGAGAAGCCUAAGCGGAAUGGGGGCCAGGGCCUGGAGGACGUGCGGCCCAGUGUGGAAAGUCUCUUGGAUGAACUGGAGAGCUCCGUGCCCAGCCCCGUCCCUGCCAUCACUGUGAACCAGGGCGAGAUGAGCAGCCCACAGCGUGUCACCUCCACCCAACAGCAGACGCGCAUCUCGGCCUCCUCUGCCACCAGGGAGCUGGAUGAGCUGAUGGCUUCGCUGUCGGAUUUCAAGACCAGCUCCUCCACUGUGGCUCUGAGUGCCCCGGGGCUGCUGUCCAGCUCUGCUCCAUCCUCAUACUGCUCCCUUCCUCCUUCUCCUCCUCCCAUGCCAUCUGUAUUUCUGCCACUCACCACUACACCUUCCCCUCGAGGCCAGGGCCACACUCCGGAGUUCCCUUGUACUGAGCAGAGUGGACGAGGCCUUCUACCUCCUGUAGCCCCCAGCUGGCUUGAUUUGGCUGGUCUUGGGGUGAUGCCUGACACCCUCAACUCAAGGUCUCCCUCUGUGGAGGGUUCUCUGUGGGCAGUGAGCACAGAGAGCCAGGGUCGAGAUUGGAGGCACCUGCCGACCAUCACAAGUGAGCUCUCUGGGGCUCCCCGCUGCCACACUGUACCCUGUGCUGGAAGUAUAGCUCUCCAGGAGCCUGGGGAGCCCCAGGGGCCACCAGCCAGCCCUUCGUGCCCAGAGGAGGCCUUGGCUGCCACAUGGGAGCAGCCAUGGGCUUCGGAGGUAUUCAGGCCUGAGAGAAUGCCCCCCUCUGGAGCUGCUCGAAGCUUCCAAGAAGUAGCAGAGCCAGCUGUAGUGGCAGUGGACCGGCAGGCCAUCUUCCCAGAUACCUGGACUCUCACGGAGGAACACGGCCUACAGCAGGAGAGGCCAAGGCCAGAGCCAGGGAGGCUGGGAAGCAGCUCCCCUGCCUCAGUUACCAUGGAGCAGCUAGGUGCAAAGAUGACCGAGAGGGGAAGUGUGGCCAGGCCAACCCAGGGACCUGAAACCCCAAGGAGCCCAGAGGGCACCACCGAAGCUGCCACCCAGGCCGGGAAGGAACAGCCAGAGCUUCCAUGUGCCAUGGCCAUGGGCACACCCAGCACCACGGAGAGGAUUUCCACCUCUGGCCAGAUCCGAUCUGUGAUCAGGAGGAGCCGGGAGACGGGCCACGCACACCCCAUGUCCCGGGAGCCCUCCCCUCGCCGCCGGCUGGACCCUGCCACCUUGAGCAGGACCCCAUCCCAGGAACAGCUCAUCGCAGAGCUGCAGGGGCGGCUGGGCAUCCAGCCUGAGGCAGAGGAGCCGGCGGAGGCAGCGGGGCCCUCUGCCCAGGACUGGCUGACCGAGGGCAUCAUCAUCACUGUGCAGCCACGUGGGAAGCGGGCCGGGGGGCAGCUCAUAGAGAAGGUGGCGAGGAGAUGCCCAUGGCUGGGGCUGGGCCAGAGCCAAGCACCUGGGGUUCAGGUUGUCUUCCCUCCUGGCUCUCCCAUUCCCCUGAGAAGAACCAUCUCUGUCCUGGCUUCUCCUUCUGUCCCUUUGCUCCAGCAUCGCACAGACGCCGCGGCCAGCAGCUCUUCUCCCCUGCCCAGCCUGCUCGCCUCCUCCCCCCUGGGGCCCUCAGCUUAUACCUGUGGUUUUUCUGGGGUCCAGAGUGCAGGGGAAGAGCCCCAUGAUGAGGGGGUACAGGGCCCUGCCCUUCCCACUCCUGCACCCCACACCAUGAGGUCCGUGGGCUGCCAGACCGAUGAGGACCCGCUCUUCCCCCCGAUGCAGAUCCAGGGCCUGGAGCAAAGAGCGGAUGGGGAGCGGUGCUGGGCGGCCGGCUGGCCUCGGGACGGCGGGCGGAGCAGCCCCGGAGGGCAGGACGAGGGAGGGUUCAUGGCCCAGGGGAAGACAGGGAGCAGCUCACCCCCUGUGGGGCCCCCGAAGCCCGGGAGCCAGCUAGACAGCAUGCUGGGGAGCCUGCAGUCCGACCUGAACAAGCUGGGGGUCGCCACGGUCGCCAAAGGAGUCUGCGGGGCCUGCAAGAAGCCCAUCGCCGGGCAGGUUGUGACCGCCAUGGGGAAGACGUGGCACCCCGAGCACUUCGUCUGCACCCACUGCCAGGAGGAGAUCGGAUCACGGAACUUCUUCGAGCGGGAUGGACAGCCCUACUGUGAAAAGGACUACCACAACCUCUUCUCCCCACGCUGCUACUACUGCAACGGCCCCAUCCUGGAUAAAGUGGUGACAGCCCUUGACCGGACGUGGCACCCUGAACACUUCUUCUGUGCCCAGUGUGGAGCCUUCUUUGGUCCCGAAGGGUUCCACGAGAAGGACGGCAAGGCCUACUGCCGCAAAGACUACUUCGACAUGUUUGCACCCAAGUGUGGCGGCUGCGCCCGGGCCAUCCUGGAGAACUAUAUCUCAGCCCUCAACACGCUGUGGCAUCCUGAGUGCUUCGUGUGCCGGGAAUGCUUCACGCCAUUCGUCAACGGCAGCUUCUUCGAGCAUGAUGGGCAGCCCUACUGUGAGGUGCACUACCACGAGCGGCGCGGCUCGCUGUGCUCCGGCUGCCAGAAGCCCAUCACCGGCCGCUGCAUCACCGCCAUGGCCAAGAAGUUCCACCCCGAGCACUUCGUCUGUGCCUUCUGCCUCAAGCAGCUCAACAAGGGCACCUUCAAGGAGCAGAACGACAAGCCUUACUGUCAGAACUGCUUCCUCAAGCUCUUCUGCUAGACGCCCUGCCCCUGUCUCUGUCCCCCUUCCCCAGCCAGCAUCCCCAACUGCUACUGUGACCCAGAGACUUCGCCCGGGGGUGAAGGGGUAAGCCCGACUGAAACUGGAACCCUUGUCCUCCGCUGGUGCGGGAUGGACAGAGGGCCGUGAGGGGUCCCCCUGCUUGUCUUCACCCCUGCCAGAGCCUCUGGGCCCCCUCCUCCCUCCUGCAGCUCUCCCUAGGCUGCCCACUCUCCAUCUUCCCCAGGGGUAGAGGCUGGGGGCUCCACCCCAGCCCACGUACGUCCCCAUGAACUGGCCUGGCCAGCACCCCACACUGGAGCCAUCUCUUCCUCAUAUUUUAGCAGUGCAGCCAGGGGGCAGGGAAGGGCAGGCAGGGUCUGUUGGGGUCUCUUUUUAUCCUUAUUCCUCCCCCGACCUAAUUGUCUUCGUUCUGUGAUUAUUGGGGGACACCGGGCUCCCUCCAGACAAUGCCAGCAUAAAUCCAUCCAUCCAAAGGCAGAGAACCCAAGGGGCCAUGGAAGGUUCUCUGUGCUCCUCCUACCCUUCCAGUGCCCUAGGCCUGGCGACUGCCCCUGCCUUUUAGACCCGCCCUCCCCUUUUAUACCUGCUCUGGUUCUACUGAGAAAAGCCUCUCCAGCAAUAAUGUUUUCUAGUCACUUCCUCCGUCUCCGGGACGGCGUGCCUGGACACUGUACCGACUUUGAUAGAUUUCUACACUGAGGUUUGAAUUCAUAUCACCUGAGUUGCUUUUACUUCUCUAUACAAAAUGAUUUUGAAGAGAUUUUAAAGACGUUCCCUUUUGUAUUCUCUUCCUCGUCCACCACCACUGGGCCUGUCGCUGAUGGUGGCUCUGGUGUGAAGUUUGCUUUGUACUGAGGGUUGGGGUGGGGAAGCAAUUUGUAUUUUAUUUUUUCUUAGCACAAGCAGGUGAACUUGGAGCAGCUCUGUGACUCCCCCUCUUUCACUUCAUAGCUCACCAGGACUGUUUUUAUAAACUGCUGUAUUUGGAAACUCCUUUACUUCCCUGGCCAGCAAGCUCUUCACUGAAACUGGUUGAAGGGUGUUGCACCCUUUUGGGCCUAGAAUUCUGAACUUCAUCUGUUCUGUUUCUGUGGGAGAAGGGGAAGUAUGUUUUGGGGGGCUGCUGCUUGUCUGAGUAAGCCCUCAGGAGCCUCUGCUCCCCUGUGAACCCACUGAACCUUCCGAGCCCCCACCGCUUCUGUGGGGCUCUCUCUUCUGCCUUCUCAGGAAAGCUGUUGUCUGAUUUUGGCCAUCAGGACUCUGAUGUCUCUUUGGUCUUGUUGAUUUCCUCUGGGCAUAUCCCUUCCCCAGAUCUGCUCUCCCCAGAUCUGCUCCUCCCCUUUCACAGGUGGGAUCGGCACUUAGGGGGUCUGGAAAGAAGGUCAUAAGGGAGCCUGAUAGGAUUUGGGGCAGAGGGACAGGCUGCUCUGGCAAAACCCCCCAGAGCUCUUUACCGAGGAUGAAAGAGGAGCCAGGCCUUGGGCUCCUGAUCAAGAGAAAGGGGCCCCACCGGGGUCUAACGGUCAGAGUCCAAACCACUCCACUGGCCUUCUGGCAGCAGCCGAGUGUGCUGAAGAGGGUCCCUCCUUUGUGGGGGAAGGUCAGCCUGGCCCCUCCAAAGGUCUGAUGUCUCCACUUUCACCCACAGGCCUUACCGCUCUGUUUAUAGUGACCCACCCUAGACCCUCCCCAAGAGGGACUGGGGUUUCUGGGGUCCAUUCUCUGAGUCAAUGGUUAUUUGAAAAUUUGAUUUUGAUUUUAUUUUUUCUCUGUAAACUUCUAACCUGGCUUUUCCCAUUUCAAUUCCUGUGAUUUAUGCCAAUAAAGUUUGCCCAUGAUUUUCA